AUGGGUGUCUUCUCCUACAUAAAGAGCAUCUACGCUCUCGAUACGCUCGAUACUCGAUUUACGACGCCGUCCACCGCAUCAUACCAGAGUGUUAUAGAUACGCGAGAUGAAGCCUCGGCUUCGAAACGAGAUGACUCUAUUCCAGGCUUGGGCGUAAAGACAGACCGUCACGGCCGACCAGUAGCUCAACCUUCGAGAUGGGGGACAGUGGAAUUUUACUUUUAUUAUGUGGUCUUUAUAGUUGUUGUGCCAUACAUGUUCUGGAUUGCAUACGAUGUGUCUAGACCGUCCGAUCCAAACUACCGCAAAUACGAGCCAUGGCUGUCUAAAGGUUGGAUACCGGGUCGCAAAAUUGAUAUUUCGGAUGCCCAGUACUUCACUUUCAGACGAAACCUACCAUACAUUGGAGCUCUCCUAGCUUUCCACCCCCUCCUUCGAAAGUUGUAUAACAAUAUUCGGCCUCUACCAGCCAGGAUUGGCUCCCCGCGGACGAAUGGUGGCUCAUACGUAUCUGCAGCAGAGGGAGAUGCUCGAAUAGUACAGCGGGCAUCGUUCGAUUUUGGCUUUGCCCUGCUCUUUAUGAGUGCUUUGCAUGGAUUUUCUGUGUUCAAGAUACUCAUCAUUUUGUACGCCAACUAUCGAAUGGUUACGAGUCCUAGCAUACCCCGAGCAUACCUACCGGCCGCGACAUGGAUAUUCAAUAUCGGGGUUCUUUUUGUGAAUGAACUAUCGGACGGUUAUCAGUUUGUCAAGAUGGCUUCGUUUUUCUGGCCGAUUGAACAGGGUGGGAGCAUAAUUGCAUGGGCUAGAUGGCUUGAUAGAUAUUGCGGAAUAAUGCCCCGCUGGCACAUCAAUUUCAACAUGACGGUUUUGCGGCUGAUCAGCUUUAAUUUGGACUACUACUGGAGUCUGAAUAUGAGAGGGAGUAGCCCAUUAGAGAAGAAGCAGCUCGACCCCUCAAACCUCUCCGAAAGAGAUCGGGUUACCAUACCUGCCCAAAACAAGGACUACAACUUUCGAAAUUACGUUGGGUAUGCAAUUUAUGCGCCUCUAUACAUUGCGGGACCAAUCAUCACGUUCAACGACUAUGUAUCGCAACUUCGAUACCCCGCCAAAAGUAUUGAACUCUCUCGUACUAUUAAAUACGGAAUUCGUUUCUUACUUACUCUUCUCGCGAUGGAAGUACUACUCCACUUUGAUUACUGCGUUGCAAUUUCGAAAGCCUAUCCUAAUUGGUCAGACUACACGCCUGCUCAACUUUCGCUCCUUUCUUACUUCAAUCUGCACGUCUUGUGGCUCAAGCUUCUCCUACCAUGGCGAUUAUUCCGUCUUUGGUCUCUUGCGGACGGUAUUGAUCCACCGGAAAACAUGAUUCGUUGCCUUUCGAAUAACCCAUCGACGGUAGCGUUCUGGAGAGGGUGGCACAAGAGUUAUAACCGGUGGUUGAUCCGGUACAUAUACAUUCCAUUAGGAGGAGCGAGCUCCAAAACAUGGCUCAGCUCUGUGCGUUCUGCGAUAAAUUACGCCGCAGUAUUUACAUUCGUCGCCUUGUGGCACGAUAUUAGUUUAAAUCUUCUGGUCUGGGGAUGGCUAGUUGUAUUUUUCAUGUUACCAGAAGUCCUGGCGGGCUACGCAUUCCCCAAACGUAGAUGGGAGAAUAAUCUCACAGCGUAUAGAGUGAUCUGUGGGAUUGGCGCGGUCGGAAAUCUGAUGUUGAUGAUGGCGGCAAACUUGGUUGGGUUUGCUGUCGGUAUUGAUGGGUUGAAAAAUAUUGUUCAUGGGAUUUUCAAGGAUUAUUCAGGCAUGGUCUUUUUGAUCACGGCGUGGUCGGCGCUGUUUGUCGGUAUUCAGGUCAUGUUUGAAGUAAGACAGAGCGAGUAUAGGAAGGGUAUUUUCCUCAAGUGCUGA